AUGCCCCUCCCUGCUUCGCCUUAUCAAGCUAUACUCCACACCAACACGGUACCGACCGAUGCGCAAUGCGACGAGAUUCGCGCCUAUCUAUCACCCCACAAUACGAAACUGGACGAAAUGCAUGCAGAGAUGCACAGUCUGAGGGAGCGCCUCCGUGCGAUUGCUGUGGAAGCGGACGAACUCUCCGGUUUUGUCGAUUCACACCAAGCGCUCAUUUCGCCUAUGCGGAGGAUGCCCAACGACGUGCUCCAGCUCAUCUUUCUCGAAACUCUUCCUGCACAUCGCAAUACAGCCCUGGACGCUAGUGAGGGCCCAAUGCUGCUCGCCAGUGUCUGCAGUCAUUGGCGGGCACUGGCUUUGAGUAUGCCGAAACUCUGGUCCAGGAUGCAUCUUGUCGUCCAUCCAAUGACGACGAGAACACAGAAACAACAGCUAGCACUGUUGGCGGAAAUGAAUCGCUGGUUAACUCGAGGGUCUACCGCUCCUUUGGACGUGUCGGCCCAGCGUUACGACCACAUAUUCAGCGCUGAAGAGCGGCAGAAUAUAUCUCUUCAUAUGCCCGCGAAUCCUCUACGCGUGGUUUCGGCAUACCUUUCUGUUCUGAUCUCGGUGUCUCAUCGCUGGCGCGACAUCAAAUUGUCAAAGCUUUCAGAGUCACCGGAGGACGGGGACGCACUUUUCCAAUUAAGAGCCAUUGAUGUGCCACGGUUGGAGAAGUUCCGAGUUCAUGCGGGAGGCUCUUGGAAGACACCAUAUAAUCUCGAGAUUCUAUCGACUCCGAGUCUUCGGGCAUUUGUCUUCAAAGGAGUCUUUGCCGCUCUUCCUACCACCAUCAUUUGGCGGAAUCUUGUCGAUCUGUCUCUGCAGUUCUUCGACACCGACAAAACUCAAGUUAACAGGCCUGGCCUUCCGCUUCCAUUUCCGUUCCUCUCCGAAUGCACAUCGCUGGAGAGGCUUGUCGUUACCGCCGCCGGUCAUGUGAGGCAUGCAGAACCUGAAUCAAAUAUCGAAUUGACAACCCUCCCGAAACUGACGACGCUUGUCCUACGGACAGGGGAGGGAUAUGACGAUAACGCAACACCCAAGAUGUUUGCAACGCUGUGUCUUUUGCGGCUGCCCCUGCUCCACACACUCGACAUCUCUGGUUUGAACCAUGAAAGGUCCCUCGCUAUCAUUACGAUCGUAGGGGAUGUGCUCAAGAACCUCGCUUUCUCCUGCGAAGACCUCACAUCUGGGGAGGUGCUCGCCCGACUACGAGCCGCUCCCCUUGUUGAGCGUUUACGUCUGGUCAAUGAGCCUCAAAAAAUCUCCCUCUAUGCACGUGGGCCCAAGCCACCACGGGAUGGCCAACUGCUCGCCCACAUCAUCACCAACUCGAUCAAUGGCCCUCCCAUUUGCCCGGCUCUUCGUCACUUCGAAUUGACGGGCGCAUCUGCCCUGACGGACGAGCUUCUCUUGCAAUUCAUCCUCUCGCGCACCCCUCCUGUGGUAGCUUCAUACCCCGAUCUCGCCCAGCUGGCGGCGCUCAAUGUCACUUUCACUCGUGAGCGCCAAAUUGACAUCCGCGAUUCUCUAUUGGAGGCGAUUCAGUCAGACGAGCUGAGGCUUUUCUUGGAAUAUGCCGCGCCAGUGACAAGGCCUGUGGGAUAUUCGGCCCUGCAAGGGAUAGAGCGGGCUCCAGAUGACCUCGGGAAGCCGAAGACCAUCCAACGGCACCCGGACUGGACAACCGACUUUGCGGCAAGUCGCUGGUAG